AUGACCACGGAGCCUCCCGCGGCCCCGUCGUCGUACGUUCCCGGUGCCGCGCCGGUGCCGCUCUCUCAGCUCAGCAUAUCGCAGCUCCGCCAGCUGGCCUCCUCGCACGGCGCGCCUGCCACCGGGACACGAGCGGAGCUCGAGGCAGCAUGCACCAGGCGUGGUGUGACGGCGGCGGCGCCGCGCGACAUUGCGAACCAGUCGGCCGCGCCAGCGGCGGGCGGCACCCUCAUCGCGCAGUUCGAGACCGCCGAGGGCGAGCGGACGGGACCGCAGCUCGACGUGCCGGCCGACACGACGGCGCCGCAGCUGCAGCUCAUCCUGAACGAGCUGCUGGGCAACGAGGAUCGUGUCCCGUACGCCUUCUACGUGGCGGAGGAGGAGGUCUCGGGCACGCUCGGCGAGGCGCUCGGCUCCGCCUCGGCCGAGCAGACUCUGCGGGUCGUGUACGUGCCGCAAGCAAUCUUUCGCGUGCGCGCAGUCACGCGCUGCACGUCGACGCUGUCGGGCCACUCGGAGGCGAUUCUAUCGGCGCAGUUCUCGGCGGACGGGCGCACCCUCGCGACCGGCUCGGGCGAUUGCUGCGUCCGCCUGUGGGACGUGAUGACCGAGACGCCGCGCGCGACCCUCAAGGCGCCGGCGGCGGAGAGCCGUCUGCGCCGCCGCCCCUCCUCCUCUGGCGCCCUUCGAGCGCCUCCCCUGCCGCUGCAGGCGCACCGCGACUGGGUGCUCGCGGUGGCGUGGUCGCCGUGCGGCAAGUACAUCGCUUCGGGCGGCAAGGAUGGGCGGUGCUUCGCCCCCCGCCGGCCGCAGGUCAUCGACGCGCACAAGAAGUGGGUCAACGCCCUCGCAUGGGAGCCAUUGGCCGAGAGUAGGCUCGCCUCCGCCUCCAAGGACGGGACGGUCCGGCUGUGGGAGCGCGUGGGCGGGCGGUGCGCCGGCACGCUCUGCGGGCACGCCAACUCGGUCACCUGCCUGCGCUGGGGCGGCGAGGGGCUCUUGUACUCGGGCUCGCAGGACCGGACCGUCAAGGUUUGGGCGCCGGAUGAGAGCAAGCUGGUGCGCUCGCUCGAGGGGCACGGCCAUUGGGUUAACUGCCUCUCCGCCUCGACCGACUUUGCGCUGCGGCGCGGCCCCUUCGACCACCGCGGCGUCGCGCCGGCGGACGAGGCGGCCGCAAAGGCCGGUGCCGCGCAGCGGUACGCCGAGGCUCGAGGGACCGCCGAGCUGCUCGCCUCUGGCUCGGACGACUUCACGGUCUUCCUGUGGGCGCCCGCCGCGGGCAAGAAGCCGAUCGCGCGGCUGACCGGGCACGUGCAGCUCGUCAACGCGGUCACCUUCUCACCCGACGGGCAGUGGCUCGCCUCGGGCUCGUUCGACGGCGCCAUCCGGCUGUGGGCCGCGCGGACGGGCAAGUUUGUCGCAGCGCUGCGCGGGCACGUGGGCGCUGUGUACCAGCUGGCGUGGUCGGGCGACUCGCGGCUACUCGCGUCGGGAUCCAAGGACUCGACGGUCAAGGUGUGGGAGCUCAAGAGCCGCAAGCUCAAGGAGGAUCUGCCUGGCCACGCUGACGAGGUCUACUCGGUCGACUGGUCGCCCGACGGCGAGCGGGUCGCGUCGGGCGGCAAGGACCGCAAUUUGAAGAUGUGGCGUCGCUGAGGAGGCGGGGGCGGGGCCACGGGGAUCUGGCGAACAGUACAAAUGUGUGUGGAAUGUCGCGGCAGGGAAGUACUCGUAAUUAU